AUGAAGGUAUUUCUAAGUGGAGGAAGCGGCUUCAUUGCAGCCCACGUCCUAGAUAUUCUCCUCGAGCAAGGACACACUGUAAUCACCAGCGUGCGGUCAGAAGACAAAGCGUCCAAAAUCCGCGCCGCGCACCCCAAGGUGCCCGAGUCCCAGCUCUCAUUCCGCAUCGUUGAAGAUAUCGCGCAAGAAGGUGCCUUCGAUGAGGCAAUCAAGGCCUCUGAGGGGCUUGAAGGCGUGAUUCACACCGCCUCGCCCUUCCACUUCAAUGUCACAGACACGAAAAAGGAUCUGAUCGACCCAGCCGUAAUCGGCACCACAGGCAUCCUCAAGGCGAUCAAGAAGUACGCACCGGGCGUGAAGCGCGUCGUGAUCACCUCCUCCUUUGCGUCAAUUUACGAUGCGACCAAGGGCAAUACCUGGGACCAUACAUACUCCGAAAAGGACUGGAAUCCCGUCACGGAAGCCGAGGCGCUGGAGAACCCCUCAAAUGGAUACCGGGCCUCGAAAACCUUUGCAGAGAAGGCGGCGUGGGAGUUCCUUGAGAAGGAGAAGCCCAACUUUACGAUCGCCACCGUGUGCCCACCACUGGUUUUUGGGCCGGUUGUGCAUUACUUGAAUGAUUUGAAGGCGAUUAACACCAGCAAUGCACGGAUUAGAGAUGCCAUCGAGGGGAAGUGGACCGAGGGCAUUCCGGAGACCGGAGUCUAUAUUUGGACAGAUGUGCGGGACCUCGCCCUCGCGCACGUACGCGCCCUCGAGCGUCCCGAAGCCGCCAACAAACGCUUCUUUGUCACCGCAGGCUACUUCAGCAAUCGCGUGCUCGCUAACAUCAUCCGCAAGAACUACCCGAAACUGGCGGAUAAGUUACCAGGGGAUAGUGUCCAGGGUGGAGAUUAUCCGGAAGGGGGACAGGCAAGCGUGUACAAGACUGACAACAGUAGAACGAGGGAGGUGCUAGGUAUUGAGUUCAGGAGUUUGGAGAGCAGUAUUGUGGAUUUGGUGAAGAGCUUGUUGGAGGUUGGUCUGAAGGGGUAG